GCAGAAAACUCUAUCAACUUAAGGUGGAGGUAGCGUAUUAUACUAUGAAGAUGGAUCUCUACAAUGCAAUGGCUGUCAGGAUUUUUCUUCCUGCCACCUGUGACCCUAGAGUAAGAAUCAGUAGAUGCCCAAGAAGCUAACCCAGUGGAUAAGCUAUAUCUGGGGUAAUCCUGUGGAUCACCAGGGGAGGCCCCAGAAGGAGAGCCGAUCUUCCACGUCAUUUGUGCUAGAAGCACAGAAGAGAGGGUUGGAAUUGUGUGUAGUAUUCAAAUUGAAAUCUGGUCUGAUUUGCAUCAUUAUGGUUGCUCUUACCUAGACUAGUCAUAUCCAGGGCACUAUCAGUACCAGAGCUUUCUACUUAUUCCAACAUCAUACCAAGAACUCUGUUUCACAGUAGCCCCACCCAUGCCAGUUGGUGCUUGAUUAAGAUCAGUGGGCAAUUUUGAACUUUAACUGUGUCCUGUGAUCUUGGAAAAUAGCAAAGGUUUAAAAAAACUCCUCUGAGAAGCAGCCCAGACACGUCACCCCUUCACACUGCGGUGGUCGUUUGGGUCCCAAUGGUGCCAUCAGUCGCCCCUCAGUGCUGCAGCUGCUGCGGCACCAUGGCUGUGCUCGUCGCGCUGCUGCCCUUGUUGGUGGCGGAUGUUUUAGGGAAUGAGUUUAGUAUAUUAAGAUCGCCAGGGUCCGUUGUCUUCCGAAAUGGAAAUUGGCCUAUACCAGGAGAACGAAUCCCAGACGUGGCUGCGUUGUCCAUGGGCUUCUCUGUGAAAGAAGACCUUUCUUGGCCAGGACUCGCGGUGGGUAACUUAUUCCAUCGGCCCAGGGCUACCGUCAUGGUGCUGGUGAAGGGAGUUGACAGGCUGCCUCUCCCUCCAGGUGGUGUCGUCUCCUAUCCUUUGGAGAAUGCAGUUCCUUUUAGUCUUGACAGCGUUGCAAAUUCCAUUCACUCCUUGUUUUCUGAAGAAACUCCUGUAGUUCUGCAGUGGGCUCCCAGUGAGGGAAGAGUAUAUAUGGUGGGGAAGGCAGAUUCAGCUUUUGAAGACCUUUCAGUCACAUUGUGGCAACUGCGUCAUCGCCUGUUUCAAGAAAACUCCGUUCUCAAUUCCCUUCCCCUCAACUCUCUGAGUAGGAACGACGAAGUUGGCCUGCUCUUCCUCUCUGAACUGCAAGUGCUCCAUGACAUUUCAAGUCUGUUGUCUCGUCACAAGCAUCUAGCUAAGGACCAUUCUCCUGAUUUAUAUUCACUGGAGCUGUCGGGUUUAGAUGACAUUGGGAAACAUUAUGGGGAAGACUCCGAACAAUUCAGAGAUGCUUCUAGGAUACUCGUUGAUGCUCUGCAGAAGUUUGCAGAUGACAUGUACACUCUUUAUGGUGGUAAUGCAGUGGUGGAAUUAGUGACUGUCAAAUCGUUUGACACAGCUCUUGUGAGGAAGACAAGGACUGUCCUGGAGACAAAACCAGAGGACACUGCAAGGCCCUAUAACCUUGCAUUCAAGUAUAAUUUUGAGUAUGCAGUGGUUUUCAACAUGAUACUUUGGACAGUGAUUGCGUUGGCCUUGGCUGUGAUUAUCGCCUCUUACAACAUUUGGAAUAUGGAUCCCGGCUAUGACGGCAUCAUUUACAGGAUGACAAACCAGAAGAUUCGAAUGGACUGAGCUUUCCUCGUGCCAGACUUAGACAAGGGGUUUAGACAUCUGCUGUUUUAUUAAAAUAUAUCUUUUAGUGUACUUUAAAAUAGAUAGUACCCUUGAUCUUUUUAAAAAAGCAAAUUUUGUUCUUUAUUUUGUGUGCACCUGUGAUUUUUUUUAGAGUAUCGAUGUGAGUCAAAAUAUGUGAUAUAGACUCCAUAGUAUGCUUGAGUUUUAUGAUAUAGCCAUUUAAUAACAUGAUUUCAUUCCAUUUAGUAAAUUUGGAAAGACGUGCUGAAAAAAAGUAAAUCAGAGUAGCUUGUGUUAUCUAUGUUGGAAAAAUGCACUGAAUUUAUUAGAGAAACUUAUGAAUGCUUAACUUGCUUGUAUAGAACAAAUGAAAAUCCUAUUUGGGCUGGUACAUACUAUGAAUUAUUUGUAAAAAUUAUUUGUAAUUUGAAGUAAAUAUCUCUGAAAUGAGAGAUGUUAUCUUAAAGCAGCCCUAAAGUACUAGAUAUGCUUAUACAGUCACUUAGUUUCGAACUGUCUCUGAUUGGCAGUGUGGCUGUUUUAAAUUCCUGCUGCAAGUGUGGUGAUUGUGUGUCUAGGACAGAUACUCAGAACGCGAUGUGAUUUAGAAGAGGCCGACUCCGUGGCAUGUAGAUGUUUGUAAUUAGAUUCGAAAAACAAGUCUUGGGGACAUCUUGAGGCAUGAAUCUAAAAUCUUUCUCCUUCAGUAACUUUGCCCCUGUGCAGUUACUGUAGUCUGUGGUACAAUUUUAUUCUGUAGAAUAUUGGGUGGAAGGGGAUGAUUUGUACUUUUCUUGUGGAAGUGGACCAAUGUCUUUAAACAGUCACAAAUAAAGUUAA